AUGAACAGGGUAAGGUAAUUUAUUUUUAUGAUUUAUUUUGAUUUAGAACAAUGGGCAAUUCAACCCGUUUUCUCAAAUACAACAGCAAUCGACUGAUGCCAACCAGGCGAUGCUUAAUCAGCCGCAGCAAUCUCUGCUCGGAUACGGAAGCCAACUUCAAUCUCUGAUGCCUCAACAGUUACAUCAAGCACAGAAUUAUGGCUUUGUGAGGUCUACGCCGUACGAUCCAAUGCCUUCGGUAAGCCACAAUUGAAGGAAUUGAUAAUAUAAUAUUGUUCAGAAUAUGAAUACAAACCAGGCGGAUUUCAAUAAUUACCAACAGCAAGUUCCCUCACUUGACCUUCAAAAUCAGAACUUUCAAAGGAAUUUUUUGGCGAUGCAAAUGGGAUCGCAAGCAGUGGUAUGAAUGAAUGUUGCCCGAUUUACAUUUUUAGACAUUUGAUCAGGGUCAAACUUACGCCAAUCGGCCCCAGGCUUUUAAUUCUUAUUCGACUCAACAAAAUUAUGUGAAUCCACAAUCAUCUCAACAACUCUAUCUCCAACAACAACAGGAGUUGUAUCUUCAACAGCAGAGGCAACAGGAGCAUGCUUUCUCACCUCCGAAAACUGCCCAGACACAGAUGUUUCAGCCUGGCAGUAUUCAACCUCAUCAACCGCUCCCACCUCAACAGGCGAUGACCUUUCAAAGUCAGGUUGUAGAAAAACCGUCGUGCUCAAAGCCGGCAGUUGCAGUUGAUGCUGAACCUCAAAUUGUGGCGAUUGAAACACCGAUGAGAAUAGCGGAAAGAGCAGCUGCGGUUAGUUUUUUCCUCUCCCAAAUCCGGACCAAUUCACAAGGUCUUUAGGGAAUUUAUUUCGCUGAUAUCUCUAAUUGUUACUAGUAUUCUUUUAGACAGCGGCCGAAAAUAUGAAGAAGAUAAAGGAAAGGGAGGAACAAGCUGAAAAAGAACGAUUGAAUAAAAUGAAAGAGGAACAACAUCAGAUAGAAGAAUCUUGGAAGAAAAGCCAAGCUACGGCGUCAGAAACAAAUGCUCAAAUGCAAAGUCGGAUCGAUGCGAUUCCUGAACCUGUACAUCUUGCUGGAUGCCAUACAUUAACUAAAGGUAUCUCACGUUUCCAAAGAUAAUAUUAUUCUUUAAUUUAGUUGCUAAGCUGCUUCCAUUCCCCAACGAAUGUUCGGCGACAUCUGAGGUGUUACCAAUUGGGCCUCUUCCAAAUCAAUCUCUUCCCAUUGACAAUGAAACUGCCCAAUAUUUAGUGAAGCUGUUGAAUUCAAGCAUGACUGAAAUAAAUUUGGUUGAGCUCAGACACCAAGAAGAAGAGCGAAACGACCUGAGCUUGAAUGAAAUGAGUUCGGUGUGCUUGGCCAUCCACAAUAUUGACCCGAAUGCUCUUAAUGUGGAGAAAGAAUACGCAGAGAACUUAAUCCACUUUGAUCAGGAUAUUGAGCGAGUUGUGGAAGAAGUUACGGGUGGCGCAUUCGAGAAACCGAAGCCGGCCGUUGAUCCAGAACUUCAGCCUGUUCCGCACUCUUCCGUUUCUGAGGAGCCGAUUCUCCCGGAACAAGUUGAAGAACAGCCGAGGAAACGAAAGCGGGAAGAAGAAGUAAGCUUGUAUUUUUGUAUUUAAUCUUUGUUUUUAGAAUCCUGUUGACAACGAAAUAACAUCCAUAUUCAAGAAUCCGAAAACAAAGAGAGCAAAGCCAGCCGUUCAGGAGAGACCUCCCACUCCAGACGCCGGUAAGUUAAAUAAACUUUUACAUGUAUGGUGUCAAGGUUUUUUGGCCAUGAUCCUAAAAAAAUAGGUUCAUGAAAACUUUCAAAACCAUGAAAUUGGAAAAAAACUGUAGCAGCUAUCUUUUGAGAUCACAUUCUUGUUUUAGUGAUACAAGAAAGAGAACGAGAAUGGGAAGAACGAUUAAGACAAAGAGAAGAAAAGAUGAAACGACGUCAUAAUGAAGAAAGCAUCGAAUCUUGGAGCACAGAAGGUACCUAAAAUAAGUUUUCCUAUAUUCGUUUAGUGAUGGCAGAAAAUGAGUGCCUCUCGCGGUUUAUUUCCCUUGUGGACAGAGUAAUCGAUUCCGAAAUUGAGGAUGAUGACUUCACGAUUGAUCAGAAUCUGUUGGAAGAAAUGCGAAGUGAAGUUCAGAAGUUGAAGGUUUACCGGAAAGUCAGCAAAGUGCCCACUGACCGACUCGUAAAGUUGUUAUCGUUAUUGGAAAGAGUGAUAAAGGAUGUUUUAACCGAGGAUGGGGCUGUUCCAAUCUUUUCAAAUAUGGUGGGUAUCUUAUACUUGAGUUUUGAAUUAUUUUUAGGCUGAUGAGAAUGAAGCCAUGAUUAGAGAAAUAAUUGACGAGAAGGUGAUAAAAUCAGUCGAGGCUACUUGCAUUGCACUUGCAGUAAUGACCUCUCCGAAGGUCCCGAAACAAAUUUUGAUGGAAGAAAUAAUCGAGAAGUCCAUUCAAAUUUGUAAAGAACUUAAUCAACAUAUUGUAUUCCCUGCUUUUGACUCUACUGCCGGCUCAGCUGAUACUGCGAUUAAGAAGAAAAGCAAGUGUUUGUAGUUUAAAUCAAUCUUGUUUUAGAUGACAAUAGCAAGAGAAGAAGGGGAAUGGAGAGAACGAACCCUUUGGCGGUCAAAUUAAAUCGAAGGAUUUGUGAAAUGGUGGAAUGUUUCUCCGAGUUGACCAGGUUCGAGAAUUUGAAUGAAACAAUCUUGAACAACCUCUGUACCCUGGCAACACCUCCAUUCUUCGUCGAUGGUGUCAAUGAACUUCAAAUUGAAUCCAUCAGUCUCCUCAGUACUCUCUUUUCGACCGCCCCGAGUCUGAGGAAGUCAAUUCUGCAGGAUCUCUUGGACUCUCUCCAUCGACUUCCAUCAACCAAAAACCAACGGAAUUCGUUCAGAUUGGCUGAAAAUGUGUGGAUCAGUAACUUUUCGGUCUUGAUAUUGCAAAUGAUUCAAUCAGUGGUCAAGGUACCCAGUAAAAGAAAGAACGAUGCGAUUGAUGAGGUGGAAGAGGUUCAGUCAAAUGAUAUUACUGUGGAAGAAAAAGUUCUAUUAGAAUCUUAUCAAGAUGCCCAGACCAUGGCAACUUUAUUUUUGAAUGGAUUUUUGGCCAAGUAUGGUUUUUAUUGAUAACGACUGUUUUUUCGAAGUGAGCUUUUGACGUUGAGUUCUUUUCAGGUGUACUGCGAAGUCGGAAGACGAUUAUCGGGGCCUAUUUGAAGCUUUUCUGAAUGAUGUACUGGCCUCUUUGUACAAGCCUUCGUACCCGGUGGCUGAGUUAGUGUUGACGAUCCUGGGAAAUCUUCUGGUGAAGAAGUUCAGAUCCAAAGCUGAGAUUACUUUACGGCAAGCCUGUCUUGAUUAUCUAGGGACGAUCACUGCGAGACUGAGAAAAGACAGAGUCAGUGCCCGAGGAGACGAUAAGAGCCGCCUGGAUUUGGUGGUGAAGACUUUGAUCAGUGAGGAAAGGGAAGAAUCACUAGAUGACGUUGACCUGUCUGGGGUGAGGAGCUUGUGUUUAUAUUCAUAAAUUGUUUUAGAUGAGUAUGAAAGAGAAGAUACAGAAGCUGCAGCAAGCAUUGAUUGAUUACAUAAUCACGAAAAGUGGGGCAGAAGAUGUUUCGGUUGAAUACACUGUUAAAUUCUACGUCACUGAAUGGUUCAAGGAAGUGUUAACUGAUAUGGAAGCGGCCAAGGAAAGGCAUAGAUUGAAUAUUGAAAAUGGAGUUGGUGAUCCGAAGAAAGAAGAGAGAAAGAUGAACAAGUUGUUGGAGAAGGGCGAACAGAUGAAAGCGUUCAUACUCCGACUGAUCGAUAAAAAAUAUUUGAAGAAGAGAACACAGACUAUCAGUCGAUUGGGGAAUGUAAUGCUGGACUCGGAUGCUCAAUGGGCGGUGAAAUACCUGGCUUCGAAGAGAGAAUUCAGUCAAUCGUUCGAGCACUUCUUGAAACAGAUAACGUUUGGAAUCUCUAAUGAGAAUUCAGUGGGAGUGAAGACAAAGGCCAUGAGAUGUCUGACGCAGAUCAUCGAAGCCGACCACAAGAUCCUUCUAUUUGUAAGUCUUAUUUGAAUUACUUUGGCAAAUGUUGUCGUUUUAGCAAGAUGUGCAAAGUGCUGUGCAUGGUCGACUGAUAGACCCCAAUAUAUCUGUAAGAGAGGCCACAGCCGAACUGAUUGGGAAAUACAUAAUCUCCCGCCCGGAUCUCCUCAACAAGUACUAUCCCAUGAUCAUUCAAAGAAUUGUGGAUACUGGUGUUGCUGUUAGAAAACGAAUAAUUCGGAUUCUAAGGGAUAUGGUGGAAAGGCAUCCUGAUUCCGAGAAAGUGCCAGAGAUAUUGGCAAGGAUAAUUCGAAGAGUUGGAGAUGAGGAGGGAAUCCGAAAGUUGGUACUCGAGUCGAUGUUCGCCUUAUGGUUUCAGCCAACAAAAGAUCCGGAAGCUUUGAGCGAGAAGGUAAGUGUAAAUCGAAAAAGUUAAUUUUCUUUUUCCAGGUGGUAGUCAUUGCCGACACUGUGUCUGAAAUUGUGAAUAUGGGUUUCCUCGACUUCUUUAAGCAAUUAAUUCAAGCCAUCUUCAAGGAUUACAAUGAUCGUCAGCUCCAUACAUCAUGUGUGCAGAUCAUUGAUGGAUUGGUUGAAAGUAUUCUCUCACUGGAUGCGCAAAUGGCAUCUAUAGAUCUGGAAGGUGCGGAUGGUCGUAAUGAAGAGAAAUUGGAACAGAAAAGGAUUGGGCAGAGGCGGCUAGUCGCAUGCCUCACGGCCUUGUCGGUCUUCUCCAAUGUUAAACCGGAAUAUUUAAUAAGACAUGCCGAAGUCUUUGGGCCUUAUCUCAAUAUUAAGCCGAAUAACGCAACCGAAUAUCAAGUUAUUGUUUCGGUGAGCUUUGAUUAGUGGUGUUUAUUGUCUUUCAGAUUCUUCAAAUGUUGGAAAGGAUUAUCCCAUUAAUGGAACAUCCUGGCGACACCUUCCUGAAAACCCUUGAUCAGAAACUGGAUGAACUUCUCCAUUCGCAAAACAAUCUGGCCGUCUUGAAUGCUAUUGUUGCUUGUUGUGGCGCUGUUUACAAAGCAUUCCCCAAGUUCUGUCCGGCCAUGAUUUCUAAAUUCGAGAAAUAUUUUGGUAAGAUUGAUAAAAGCUUAAUUUACAAGGAGGUACCUCAAGUGCGACGCACAUAUUUUCUUUAAAUUUUGCACACACUUGAGACAAGGGACACAUCAAUUCCUGAAAAAAAAAUUAAGACAUGUUCUUGCAUGUCUUAUUGUUAGGGCAAAUUAUUCUAAAUUUAUGCCAAGUUUCAUAAAAUUUGCAACUUGAAGUACUUCAUGUGUUAAUUAUAUUUUGCUCUUUUAGAAUACCUCCAGAUGAAACCCAUCAAAGAUUCCAAGGAAAUACCUCGAGAGACCCUGGGGAUGAUAAAGAAGGUGAUGUAUUCAGUGGGAGUGAUCACAAGAUUCUUCGAUCUGGAUGAUCUGGUUGCGAGACAUAGUGUUGAGGGCCUCAGUCACUAUGGUAGGAUUAGAGAAUCAGCCCUCGAAAUCCUUUGCUAUUAUGCCCAACUCGAGCACUCUUUGAUCAAAUUGUUUGCUAUUAGUGCUCUGGGACAACUCACUGCCGAAGUACCCGAAUAUUUUUUGAAUCCGACCGUUCAGAAGAUAUAUUUGGCCGCAUUAAAGGACAGAAAAGGCUCUAUUCUGGUUCAGGCUUUGAAUAAUCUGGAGUUAUUUUUGAUUACAACUGAGCAAAAGGCGAUCAAAAACAGUGAGAAAUGUAAGUUUUAUUGUCUUAUUACUGAAAAAUAAACAAAAAGACAUUCGAUAACAUGAUUUUAGUCCGUGAAACAAAAGAUGGAGAUCUGAAAGCGAUGGAAGUUGGGAAUUCUGGGCUCAGUUCCUCAGCAAUUCAGAGUUAUUGGCCCUCUGUUCUACAAGCCUACUUUAAUAAGCCGAAUAAUGUUCGACAAGAAGCGGCCAAGGUCAUCUUUCAGACUCAGAAUCAAGGGCUUCUAACUCCUGGAACCGCCAUCCCGACACUGAUAGCCAUGUGCACCGAUAAAAUAAUAUCGAUUCGAGGAAGAAUUGAGAGUUUGGUGAAGGAAAUCGACAGCAAAUACGCGGGAAUGGUGGCCAGCAAUGCGAUCUCUGGAGUCCGCAAAGCCUAUUUUCUACAGAAUAUAAUCCGAACAGAUCCUACCGAAAUUGUACGAGGAAUGAGGGCCAUCGAACAGAAACCUGGUCAAGAAGCUCUUCCCACAUCUAGCAACGAUGUUCAGGCUUGUCUGACUGGACUCUAUUCAUGUCUGAGGGGAAGUCGGCAUCAACGAAGGAGCUUCCUUACAGCCUAUUUGAAGCUGUUUGGAGACACCAAGGGAGUAUGUUUUUAUUAUGUUGCGGUGUUGUUCAGGUUAUGUAAAGAAAAAGCGUCACUCUUCAGUUAAUGUGAUAUUAUUAAAAUUGUUUAGAAGAUAUCCCUGGAGGAAUGGAUAUUCUUGGCGGACAAUCUAGCGCACUUCUCCUAUGUCAACCUCGACGAGCCAUUGUUUGUGAUAUUUACGAUUCAAAAAAUGGUCUCAAUCAGCGGACAGAACAUCUUGAAUUCGUUCAGAAAACAACAGAUCCCGUCUUCAAAUCCCGAGGCUGAUGACGAUUUUUCUCCAGACACGAUUUAUGGUAAGCGUCAUAAAAUGCAUUUACCUGGGAAUUAUUCAACUUUCAGCACGAAUGCCGGAAGACAAAUCAAAAUUAUACGAACUUCAAAGGGAAAGUUACGCAUGUUAUCUUCUACUGUCUCUAAAAUCAUAUCUAAUGAGGGUUUACAAUUUCAAAGAUGAGUAAGUGAAAAUGUAACCGACACUUAUUUUUGUUUAGCAAGAUCAAGGAGUAUAGCCCCUCAGAAUCGGCCAAAGUUUACGAAAAGCCGGUAACUAGAAGAUCCGCAGGCAUUUUUAAUCCCAAAAAUAUUUUGGAUGCUUGUAAAAAGAAUCCAAAUGCUCAGGAUACGGUGGAGAAACAUAUCGAACUAGCACAUCAUUUCAGCUAUGUAAGUGGUUUGUGUAUUUUUAACUGUACCGAGCUCAAAAGUUCAAACAAUUUCCGCACCGUGCAUUUUUCUUUCAUUUUCAUCCACACUUUCUCUGAUUUUUCGCGUGUCGCCUAGGCAUGGCUCCGGGCCGGGCCGACUAAUUUCUCGGGCCGAUCCCGGGCUUCGAUUUUUAGGCCCGUUCCGGUUUUUUUCUAAAUCUGAGUUUUGCCCGCUAAAAAGGAAAAAAUAAGCCUUUUCGACGGAAUUUUUCAUUUUUUUCGAACACAAGGCUGAUAACGAACAUAAAGUGACCUUAUUUACCACUCGCCCAAAUAAAAAACAAUUUCAAGUCAAUUUGAAAGAAAAAUCGAAAAUUCCUAACAAUAAGUCAGCUGUAAUAAGUACACUGGCAAAAAAAGAAACCGGAAAUUUUUUCAAAAAUACGCAAUAGCCUUUUUCUGAUCCGAUAUAACCUAUGUAUAUGUUUUGCUAAAUUCAUCUUUACCUUUUGUGAAAACCCGGGCUUGGAGAUUUAGGCCCGGGCCAGCCAGGGUUGCAGCCAUGCUUAGUGUCGCCGAAGUUUCCCGUUUUUACACUAGCGACGUGCACGUUUGCGCACCACAAACCCGAAUUUAAGCUCGCGACGUCGAAAACCCGAACUUUCGGUGCGAAAAUUGUACAAACUUUUAAGCGCGGGUAGUAAUAGAUGCUUUUCUUUAUGAAAGUACACCUAACUUUAGUUCUUCAACAAAUUUUUACAAAUGGAAGCCGAAGAUGGGAAUGAAGAUUCGGAUCAGCCAGUCCAAGAAGAGCAGGAAGAAGAGGAAGAAGACGAAUAA